GAAAACCAAGCGUUACUUUCGAUUUCUCUGUUAUUUUGUUUAUAAAGGUUCCGCCCAACAACUAAAUUAUAACAGAACACAAUGGACGCAGGGAGGAGACCCAGAGCUACACAAAAGCAAUAGUAGAAGCUGGGUAAACAGCAGACUGCUAACCAUCAGCAGCUGCGGGCGUUCCUUAUAGGUUACAGCUUAUAAAAGCGCUUACGAUGCAGAAUUUCAGGAACUUUAUCCAUCGACACUAUGGAACCCUGGAGACAUCAGCCCUGGCUCUGCUGUUGCUACUGCUGGAAAAAAGUAUGGAAUCGGAAUUCACCUGUCCUUCUGAACCAGUAUUUAGCAGAGUGUACACUGCGGUAUUUUUUUUAAUGCCUGCAAUGGUCCUUGGGGUCCUGGGAUAUAAGCUUUCAGGAGUGAAGUGUAAAGGGUCGUGCAUAUGUUGCUUGAAGACCAUCUGCGGCCCCCUGAUCUGGUUCUGCAUUUUACUGUCAGACGGACGUUAUGUCACCUGCUUUUCCAUAUCAAAUGCGAGGCAAAUAAGUCAGAUAUUCGGCAUCAUUUCCUUUUCACUGCUGCUCAUCCUGUCAUUCGUCAUGGAGGAGCUUUGUUGCUGCCGUCACAUCUCAGCGUUAUACUUUCGUGAGAAGUAUGAAGAGAAAAUGCUAAAGGAACUGGAGGAAGGUCUGAGAUCCAAAGCAAAGAAACAGCAAACCGAAAUUGCAGAAGACUUGGUCAUAAUGGUCACAGAUGAAUCCUUUGCUCCGCAACAAGCUAAUUGGCUUAAAAAUCUGGAAAACCUGAUAUGCACAGAAAAAAAUAAAAUAAGGGAAAGAUUUAAAGAAGGUACAAUAAUCAGUGAGGAGCAACGCAGACAUGCAGCCGCUCUAAGGGAUCUUUUACAUGGGCAGAGGCGUGGUGACGAGAGGCGAUCAUCAAUAUAAAAAUUUGAUCAGCACUGGUUUAACCUCCUAACAGUCACUUUAAAAUUGGAAAAAUCCUCCCAAAAAUUUCACUUUUUUAUUAUAGAUUUGUAAUGUGUGUCUGCAGUAAAUCUUGAUGGCGCACAACUCAGGGGACACUACUGCAUUUUUAAACCCCUAAGUGACAUAAUUAAUUUUAGCCUUAAGGACCAAUAAUAUUUCCCCCCUUAGCGUUCUAGCAGUCAUAACGUUUGAAUUUUGCGGGAUUAGCUGUAGGUUUUUAGGAACCAUUUCGGGGUUUAUAUAGUUUUCAAUAACUUUUAUUAUUUUAUCUUUGGGGAAAGAUAAUAAACAGCAAUUUUUACAUUA